AUGGUCCCCAGGAACAUUACCCUCUUCUGCCUCGUGCUCUGUCUUGGCCAGAAGAUUCAGGCACAGAAUGGGAACUUUCCCAUUCCUAUCAUAUCUGCUACGCCCAGUUCUGUGAUUCCCUGGAAUGGGUCGGUGAAGAUCUUGUGCCAGGGAACCCUUGAGUCUUACCUGUACCAACUGGAGAUCCUGGAAAACCUCACCUACAAACAAGUGGAGAAGCAGCUGGGAUUUCAGGAGGUGGCAGAGUUCAUCAUUAACCCCAUGGAUACAAACACCGCAGGGCUCUAUCAGUGCCGAUACAGGAGAGAACGUCACUGGUCAGCGCCUAGCGAAGCCCUGGAGCUGGUGGUGACAGGCUUGUACGACAAACCCUUUCUCUCCACCAAUGGGGGCCACGUGGCAAUGCCAGGGGAGAAUAUUUCCUUCCAGUGCAGUUCAGCACACAUGUCGUUAGACAGAUUUUCACUGAGCAGGCCGGGAGGGCCCACCCUGUCACGGCGCCAAGAUGCGAGACUCCCGGUGGACUUCACUCUGGGUCCUGUGAACCUCAGCUUCUCAGGAGUCUACACGUGCUACGGCUGGCACAGCGGCCGCCCCUACAUAUGGUCAGCCCCCAGCAAUGCCCUGGAGCUGGUGGUCACAGAUACUGCUAGCCAAGAUCAUACAACAGAGAACUGGGUUCGGAUGGGCGUGGCGGGGCUGGUCCUCCUAGCCCUCUUGGCCAUCCUGGCUGAAAAUCGUCUGGGGCCUCAGCUUCCACACCAGGAAGACCAGCAAGAUCUGCCUGACCUGAGCUGGAGCUGGCAGAAAAGUCAGACAGAAUGGACCUUUGGACUAACUCCUAAGAACCACCAGGGAGACUCCUGGAGCUGA